AUGUCGGAAGUCAAACUCAUAAAUCCUCUCCAUCCUUCAGUGAAGGAUAGAAUGGAUCCUCAAUUCGCAGAAAUCUACACAAAAUACCAAGCACCAAGAACACGCGCAGACCAAGUCUCAUAUGAAGAAUACAACUCCAACCGCUCCAAGUACACAUUCUCAAUCGCACCUGGCUCCUUCCCCGAAGUCGGAUCUGUGAAAAUCUAUAAAGUCCCCGUCUCAGACCCAGCCGGCGAGAUACAAAUCCAAGUCUUCCAUCCAACUCCCGAAGCCAUCAAGUCCGCUGGCCUCGCGACAGCAGAUGGAAAACUUCCAGCGCACGUCGACUACCACGGCGGCGGCUUCGUGAUCGGCGGUCUCACCAGCGAUGAGAGUUGGAACAGACAAGCUUGUCAAGCGCUAGGUUGUGUGGUUGUAAAUGUCGAUUAUCGACUCUCGCCCGAAUUCCCUCACCCAGUUCCUCUGACGGAUUCUUGGGCUGCGUUGAAAUGGACGUUUGCUAAUGCAUCUGAGCUUGGAAUUGACAGAAGCAGGAUCUCGAUUGGAGGCUUGAGUGCUGGCGGGCAGAUAAGUGCUGUGCUUGCGUUGAUGGCGAGAGAUGAGCCGGGGAUGGAGAAACUGGUUUGUCAGUUGCUGAUUGUGCCUGCUGUCGAUGCGAGAUAUGUGCCGAUCGAGGAUGUGUCUUUGAAAGGAGUAGAGGGCGUGCCGUAUGAGAGUUAUGUGGUGAAUGAAUUUGCGCCGUGUUUGCCUCUGAAUAGGAUGAGGUGGUUUUACAGGUUGUGGUUGGGAACUGAUCCUGGUAGAAAGAAGAAAGCAGAGCAUUUCUACGCAUCACCCAUCCUCGCAAAAUCCCACGCCAACCUAGCUCCAGCUUCCAUCCAUGUGGCAGGAGUCGACACUCUCACCUCAGAAGGCAUCGCUUACCACGAAGUGCUCAAAAAAGCCGGCACUCCAAGCACAUUGAAAGUAUACGAAGGCUGUGGACACCCUUUCGGGCAUUGGGACGGCGAAUUAGACAAAGCGAAGGAGUUUGUGACAGACACUAUUGGGGCGUUGAGAAAGGCUUAUACUGUUUAA